AUGGAUAUCGAGAUGUCUCGACGGAACAAGAAACCCAGACCCCUCCUCGACUCGGAGAAACAGAAACUCGACGAGUUUGCAGAUGGCAUCCACUAUUCCGCCAGAUAUUCUGAUAGUGAAUAUGAAUACAGACACGUCCAGCUGCCGAAACCUAUGCUGAAGAAGAUCCCGAACGAAUACUUUGACCAUGCGAAGGGAACGUUGAAGCUGCUGUGGGAAGAAGAAUGGCGGGGGUUGGGGAUCACACAGAGCCUGGGAUGGGAACAUUAUGAAGUACACGAACCUGAACCACACAUUUUGCUAUUCAAGCGACCCGUGAAUUACCAACCGCCUGUCUCACAGUAA